CUGGGCCUUUCCAUGUGAUGUUUUCCUUUUAUAACGGUGGCAGGAAGCGGUCCCUCUGAAGGGCCUGACCGAGGUAUGCGCCGGCGCCAGGCCGGGGUCCAGGGGGCGCUCCGAGGCGGGGCACAUAGAGAGGGUUUAGGGCAAUUCCAAGGGAUGGCGGGGACGGAGGAAAAGUGGCAUUGAAAAGGCAAGAGCCAGGUUCCCAGCCACUGGAUAUUUCCACUUGAGGCAGUGAAUUUACAGCUUCAGACAUCCACCAAAGAGCGGCUGCGUGGGCUCCUAAGAAGCGUUAACAACUGUUCAGAAACCCGGCGCCGCCAUCCCCACUCCACCGCCGCCAGGGGCGCACAGCAGCAGGUUUCAUUUCUCAUUCCUGAAUGUGGGAUACUAUCGGAAGAACUGAAAAACCUGGUCAUGCACACUGGACCCUAUUACUUUGUGAAGAAUUUACCUCUUCAUGAAUUAAUUACACCCGAAUUCCUCAGUACCUUUAUAAAGAAAGGUUCGUGCUAUGCACUGACAUACAAUACAAAUAUUGAUGAAGAUAAUACUGCUGCCCUGCUACCAAAUGGAAAAUUAAUUUUGUCACUGGAUAAAGACACUUACGAAGAAACUGGACUUCAGGGUCGCCCAUCUCAGUUUUCUGGCAGAAAAAUUAUGAAAUUUAUUGUUUCCAUUGAUUUGAUGGAAUUAUCCUUAAACUUGGAUUCUAAGAAGUAUGAAAGAAUAUCUUGGUCCUUCAAAGAAAAGAAGCCAUUGAAAUUUGAUUUUCUUUUGGCUUGGCAUAAUACAGGUUCAGAAGAAUCAACAAUGAUGUCAUAUUUUUCCAAGUACCAAAUUCAGGAGCAUCAGCCAAAAGUAGCACUGAGCACGUUGAGAGAUCUCCAGUGCCCAGUGCUGCAGAGCAGAGAGCUGGAGGGAACGCCAGAGGUGUCCUGCCGGGCUCUGGAGCUGUUCGACUGGCUGGGCGCCGUCUUCAGUAACGUCGACCUAAAUAAUGAUCCUAAUAAUUUCAUAUCAACCUAUUGCUGUCCUGAGCCAAGCACACUGGUGGCAAAAGCUUAUUUGUGUACAAUCACUGGCUUCAUACUUCCAGAGAAGAUCUGUCUCCUAUUGGAACAUCUCUGUCACUACUUUGAUGAACCGAAGUUAGCUCCGUGGGUUACAUUGUCCGUUCAAGGCUUUGCAGACAGCCCUGUUUCUUGGGAAAAAAAUGAACAUGGUUUUCGAAAAGGAGGAGAACAUUUAUAUAACUUUGUGAUUUUUAAUAAUCAGGACUAUUGGCUUCAGAUGGCUGUUGGGGCAAACGAUUACUGUCCACCAUAAAAAUAAAAAAUUAAAAAUCGUGUUUGCUUACA